UCCAUUGUCGUGGUGUAUUCAGGAUGGAUCCCUUCUUUCACACCCAAGCGGGGGACCUCCUUUAUAUGAGGAAGCUGGUCAACGACUCUUCCCUGUGGAACCUGAGCUUGGGGGACUGGUUCCACAAUGGGACCGCCGACGGCUUCCUUCCCAUGGGCAUCAAGGUGACCAUCGUGAUCGUCUACUCCAUUGUCUGCAUCGUGGGGCUCAUCGGCAACUGCUCCGUCAUGUAUGUGAUAAUCAGGUUCACAAAGAUGAAGACAGCAACCAACAUUUACAUCUUCAAUUUGGCUCUGGCCGAUACCUUGUGCCUGAUGACCUUACCUUUCCAAGGCACAGAUACCUUCCUGGGUUCCUGGCCCUUUGGAAAUGCCCUCUGCAAGAUCGCCAUCUCUAUUGACUACUACAACAUGUUCACCAGUACUUUUACCUUGACCAUGAUGAGCGUUGACCGGUAUAUUGCCAUCUGCCACCCCAUCAAGGCGUUGGACAUCCGUACUCCCCAUAAAGCUAAACUCGUCAAUGUUUGCAUCUGGGCCUUGGCCUCGGUCUUCGGUAUCCCUGUGAUGGUGAUGGGAUCGACUGAGAAUGAAAAUGAUGAAAUUGAUUGCCUCAUCAGGCUCCCGGAACCCAUUGAAUACUGGGAUCCCAUCUUCGGCAUCUGCAUAUUCCUUUUCUCUUUUAUGAUCCCCGUCAUGGUCAUAACCAUUUGCUAUAGUCUGAUGAUCCGUCGUCUCAAGAACGUCCGCGUCCUCUCUGGGUCCAAGGAGAAAGACAGAAACCUCCGGCGUAUCGCUCGGCUCGUCCUCGUCGUGGUCGCCGUCUUCAUCAUCUGCUGGACCCCCGUUCAUAUCUUCGUCCUGGUCCGGUGUCUCGGGGCCAAGGCUGAUAACGAGGUCAAGUUGGCCAUCUUAUACUUCUGCACGGCGCUGGGCUACGCCAACAGCUGCCUUAACCCGGUCCUCUAUGCUUUCUUAGAUGAGAACUUCAAAGCGUGUUUCAAGAAGUUCUGUUUCCCUUCCGCCUUUCGCAAAGAGCUGCAAAUGUCCAACAGGAUGUGCAGCAUUGCCAAGGAUGUGGCUUACGCCUGCAAGAACUCAGACGGGACUAACAAUCCGGCAUGACUAGGCGUGGACAUUCCCAUGGUGCCCGUGAGCCAGCAGAGCCCGACGACGCCCACGUCAGAGCUAACGCAGAUCACGGCUCUUUGAGGUACAAGCAUUUUUUUUUGUUUUUGACCCAGGAAUGGGGACUCAUAGAAUUGGGAGGAGAACCAUGCUAGAGUAUUCCUCCCACACGAUAGGAAAGCAACUUAUUGUACUUUGGAGUGACACACUUCUUUACCUGUUUUGGUUGGAGUCUUCGAACCCAUAAGGCCACCAGUGGUCUAGGUUUCUGAAGAUACCACAGAAAUACAAAGACUUUGGAGGAGAAAUGAUGCCCAAACUGGGUGUUGUGGGUCUCAUUGGGAAAUUAAAAAGAAACAAAACAUUUAUUGCUUUCUACAGCUUAUUACAGUGGAUCCUCAGACAGUGCAAUUGGAAAAAGCGUAGCAUGAGAAUUUCUGGUGAGCCUCAAAUUCCAGUUUUCCCAGAAUGGCACCAAGAGAGAAUCAGACAUCUCCUCAGACUUUUCAUGAGGAAGACGUUGGUCACACAAUGCUAGACCUUUUUGUCUCUGAAUGCUGGGGGUCUAAGAAGGAUGUCUUCACACUUUUUUUUGAAGGCUGCCCCCCUUUAGUGAAGGGGUCCUCUGGAGCAGAAUCAAGACCUGGUGGAAAGCUGGGGGACGUAGCGUCUUGUGCACUGAAAGAAAGGAACAACAUGCAGACGUAUCGGUUUCCCUAAUGCGACCUAAAAAAUGCUCUGAUGGAGCAGCCACAUAGAGACCACAAGGACAAAUGAGAACCACUUCAAUUAAUGCACGUCAGAAGGUUUUUACGCAAUGCAGCAACAGCAGCUGUGAGCGAGCAUGGCCGGAAUAAAAUCAGAGCAUAGAUUCCAGGUCAAAAACAAAAUGGUUAAAGCAAUGACUUGAGCAGGGAUAAAAAGUGAUGGGGUCGGCUCAUCCUUCUACCUUUUACGCUCUUAAUGAUAAACAAUGACAGCUGCUGCACUUAAAUGUACAGAGAAUCUAAGGGGUGGGGUGUGAAGAUAUAUAUUUCUUUCUUGUUGCUUUGUAAAUGCCAGUCAAGCUUCUUGACAGAAACCUGAAGACAAAGUGUUUUGUCAGUUGAAUCAAUUUAAGUGUCUUAACAUGGAAGGAAUAAAUGUAUUUCAAGUGCACCUUUUACAGGGCCAACAGAAGUGAAAUGGGGAGUCUAGGAGGGUUGUGUUGAUUCAUGUAAGAACUCGAGAGAUUUGUUGACUUGGUGGCUAGAUCACACCAAGUUCCAUCUGGCCCAGAUUCUUCUGGCAGCGGUGGCUUCCAUCUGUUGUUUAGUACAUAUUAGGCAUUGAGUGAUAGACCAGUCUAGGCAAUCGGAUUUCCAUGUAAUUCAAAUGCUACGGCUUUGAGUUAUACAAGAAUACGUUCCACAAUUUCAUUUUUCAGGCUAUGGCAACAGUCCGUCUGUACACGGAGAUGGGUAUAUAUAUGUGCCCAGUUAUAACGUACAGUAUAUUUGUGUAUAUACAUACACUUUGCGUCCCACAUAUAUAACUGCAAUUGUGUGGACCUAGAGAGGUUCAGGAAUACCUCAUGCUGGAUUAUUUAUGUCAUAUUUGGGAUUUUUUU